AUGGAGGAGACCAACACCACAGACCUCAUUCUGAUCAACGUGACAUCUGGAUAUGAAAAUGUCCAAUAUAUUAAUCGAUCUCACUGCAUACGUCAUUAUUGGAUACUGAUCAUUUCAGGUGUCUGUAUUGGGAUUUGCCUGUGUGGCCUCGUGGGGAAUACGCUGGUUGUGUGGUUCCUGGGAUUCCAGAUGAAGAAGAACCCCUUCACUGUCUACGUCCUGAAUCUGGCCGUUGCUGACUUGGCUCUGCUCCUCUUCCUUGCUGUUGGUCUUUCCUUAGAAAUACUAAGUGCGGUCUAUUGUCUGUAUUCAGAAGAAUCUUAUUACAUUGAUAUUAUCCUGUUGAACCUGUAUAUAUUUUCAACUUUUGCCAGCAUGUACCUCCUGUCAGCAAUGAGCUUGGACAGGUGCCUGUCUGUCCUGUUCCCAAUCUGGUACCGAUGCCACCGCCCAAGGAACUUGUCUGGCAUCACGUGUGGGGUGCUCUGGGCUCUCGCUGCACUUUCUGCUUCUGUGAUUUUCAUUGUUUGUUUUUUGGAUAUAAACUGCCUUCCAGUCACACAAAGUGUAGUCCUUGUCAAUAUUCUCAUUUUCUCUGUAUUCCCUUUCCUUUCCAACCUGGCCCUGUUCAUCAAACUCCGCUGUGGUACAUACAGACGACACCCAGGGAAACUCUAUGUUGCUGUCCUGCUCAGUGUGACCUUCCUGUUCUUCUUUGGGAUUCCAUUCAGUGUGUUGCUUUUCAUUACUGAGAUCUGGUUUAAUACUCUUUACUUUGUAAUGUUUGUCUUUGUGACAUCGCUGAACAGCAGCGUCAACCCCGUCAUUUACUUCCUGGUGGGGGGCUGCCGGCAGCGCUGCUUCAGGGGCUCCACCACAGACGCCCUGCGCCGAGUGUUUGAGGAGAAGGCGCCGAGCGAGGACGGGAGCCGCGGGCCGGGGGACACUGCGGCCGAGACCUCGCUCUGA